AGCAGGGAUAAUGGCCUCAGGGAAAACUAGCUCUCUGCCACUGCAGAGAUUUAUCUCCGAUAGACGGAAGCCAUCCAGACAUAGAUGCCCAUCUUCACUGCAAAGAUGCUUGAUAUUAACUGACGUUUCCAAUUUUCUAUAAAAAUAAGGAGGGAAGAGAAGAGAUUACUGAGUUCCAAGCAGUCAGUGCAAUGCUUGUUAAGCUAAAAAAAAAAAAUGUCCCGGGAAGCAGUUUUUAGCUGCAGCAUGUCAGCUAUUCCUCCUUACUAUUCAAGGCCAUGGAAGGAUCACUGAACACUGUCUGAAGACAGUAAUGGGCUGGAUGAAGGCAAACAAACUGAAAUUAUACCCAAGUCUUGUUGGUGGAGAGGAAAUCCAGAUCUGGGGACUGAAAGAGCAGGCCUACAGCUUGGAUGUGCUCCUUCAACCUCACCUGGAUUUGCUGGAUUACCAGAAAGGUCGGUGGGGAACCAUCGCUUGAACACAAGUAUAGAAAGCAGCCAUGAUCAAUUUAAGCACCUGUUCUUCCCUCGAUCCUAGUCCAGAGAGGAGACACCAUUACGAGACCCCAGCCCUCUCCGAACUGCAAAGACUGAUAUGGACCAGAGGAGGAUCUGACAAUCACGUGGACCAAGUGUGGCCCAACCUCUACCUUGGAGAUGCAUUGGCAGCAAGAAGUAAAUCCGUUCUUCAGAGCAUUGGCAUCAGUCACAUCCUUAACGCAGCCGACGGGCCCUACAACAUAAACACUGGAGUCCGCUAUUACCGGGACCUGCCGAUUCAGUACUACGGGGUGCAAGCUUUUGACGACAACUCCUUCGACAUAAGUGUCUUCUUCCACGAGGCUGCUGAUUUCAUACACAAGGCCUUAAAUACUGCAGGAGGCAAGGUCUUUGUCCACUGUGCGAUGGGGCUAAGCCGUUCGGCUACUUUAGUGUUGGCAUAUUUGAUGAUCCACGAAAACCUGACACUUGUGGAAGCCUUGAAGUCAGUGGACUCUCACAGAGGCAUCUGUCCAAACAUCGGAUUCCUCAGCCAACUGCGAGCCUUGGACAUCAAAUUAAACAACGGAAAAAAAGAGAGAGAGAUAAAACUAAUAGGACAGGGGACUGAAUAGAUCGUCAAAUAUAGGAAUUCUGCAGUAUUCUGAAGAAGAAGAAGAAGAAGAAGAA